UCGGACGAAGAUACAGAAUUAAGAGAUAUUGUGAUGCAAACGCUUGAAGUCAAUGGAACUUUAGGGAAAAUACGGGCUCAACUCCGUGCAAAUGUCUUUCUGGCUUUAGAAGAACAAGAUACAGUCAAAAAUAAAUCUCAACUAGAAAACAAAUCACUCAUACAGUUUCUAAGCACCAAAGAAGGAAAACUUGUAGGAGGUCUUGUAAGAGAAUUUUUAGAGUUUUUUGAGCUUGAUUCUACCUUAGCAGUAUUUGAACCUGAGUCAGGAUUAGGCUCUGAUUGUCCCAGACGUAGUGCUUUAGCCAAAGAAUUAAAUGUCAUUGAUAACAACGACACUUCAAAGGCUCCCUUAUUUCUUCAAGUAUUAAAACAGAAAAGUGGUCCCAAUACAAAUUCCAGUGUAGAAUCUAUAAAGUCUUCAGCAUUAUAUGAAUCUGAUGUGACCAUUCCUGAGGAAUUAUCUGCCAAACAAUUAGCAGACGCUAAAGAGAAGUUUGAAUUCUAUGAUAAGGAUGGAAGUAAUUCAAUAGACAAAGAUGAAUUAAGAGAUUUGUUUACAGAUAUGUUCCCAAAUUUUCACAGAAAUAUGUUAGAUCGUUAUGUUAAUGAUGAAUUUAAAGCUUUAGAUAAAGAUUUUAGUAACAGAACCUAUUUUUCAUUAAUGCCAAGAGGUAUAGAUUUUGAAGAGUUUCUAGGAAUGUAUAAAAGAUUGUUUAUUUUAUGUCGUUCUGUUGUAACUGGGGAAACUACAACUACACAAGAAAUAAAACAAACAAAAACAACAACAAACAAUGCAUUUCAUUCACCUUUAUCUUCAAAGUCUGAGAGUAUAUCAGAAAAGAAAGAUUUAAGUAAUGGUAAAUUAUUUACUGUUAAAAAUACCAAUAAACCUGAUAUUAAUGAUAUCUUAGGUAGUGACUUAGAUGAUGACUCAUUCUUUGAUGAUCCACCACCCAAUGACUCAGGAUUAAAGAACUUUAACAGUAUAAGUAAAGAUAAAGGUUCACCCAAGUCAACUGAUAAGAAAGAUGAUAUAUUGUCAUUAAAAGAUGCUCCUUCAUUAGUUAAUACUAAAAAACCUAGUUCAGAUAGUGAUUCUGAGAAAGAUAAGAAUUUGAGAUCAAUAGAUAAGAGAUUAAAAGAUUUAGGAUUAGAUAAUGAUGAUGAUAUUGAAUAUGAAGAUGAUUUUGAUGCUUCUGGACAUAGCUUAAGUCAGAAGAGUCCAAGAGUUUCUAGUAGAUCUGAUGUUAAAUCGUAUAAUGAAAAUGGUAGUAUAUGUGAAGAAAUAGAAGAAGAUAUUGAAGAUUUCUCUAUUGAAGGAGAAGACUUGAAGAGUGCCAUGGAUGAUUUUACAACAGACUGUAGUAUUUCACAAGCUGAUAGAGGUUUUGAUUAUGCUGAAGAUCUUCAACUGCCCUAAAAUCAUCCACAAAUUUAUUGGAAAGAAGUCACAAGCCAUAAUUUUAGCCAUUAUUCAUGUAUCCAUCAGUAUCAUUGGUUUUAGAAAGUUUUUGUGGCACAAGAAUAGAGCAAACUAUAUUACGAUCCUAUACUACACUUCCUAUAAAUUUACUUAAAAUCGAUUGUAAAGAAUCACAGAAACAAGAAAGCUGUACAAAGGAACAUAGAAAUAAAAUGCAACCUAUUCUGGUAACAAGGUAAUGGAAAAAUUAAAGAACCAGUAGACAUUGUCCUUCAUUUUGGAUUGCUCUUGGAUAUGUUUCAAUUGAAAAUUCUGAUCUAUGUAUUGUACAAAUUAUAAUCAUCAUUAUUUUAAUUGUUAAUAUUUAUAAUUGUUAUUUAUUGUUAAUGACUUGCAUUUUAACACCAACUCUCUUUACUUGUUGAUCAUUUCCUCGAUGUGAUUAUGCCUUGAAAUGCUGUAUAUUUACAUAUAGAAGGCACAAUUUUGGGGUAUGCAUUAUAUUAGCAAUAAAUUAUAUCAGUUCAUGAGGUCAAAUGAACAUACAAAACUAAGUGCCUAAUAUAAGAAUGACAUGAAGUUUCGUAUGGCUAAAGGAAAUACCGGUACCAGUAAAUAAUUACUGUAAGGUCCUGAGUUUUUGUGUAUCUACUCACCAAAUAAUGGUUGGAAAUAUUUAAAAUACAGUUGCUAUAUAAUAUUUAUCUUCACAUAAUGUACCUGUAUUUUUUGUAUCAUAUAUCAUUCAAUGGAAAAUUCUAUCAAAUAAGUGUGAAGGUUUCGCAUAGAAAAUCAUUGGGUCUAGUUUGACUUUAAUGAUCUGUGAUAUUUAUUAAAAGUUGCAUGUAAUUCCACUAAAGAAAAAUGAAUGACUUGUCUCAAAAGCCAUCUAUUUGUGCACAUUUCACUAUGCCGUCCACAUAUAUAUAGUAUUUUUAUUCUUUUACCUGUAUGUUCAACUGUAAAUGGUUAUACUAUAGAAUAAAAAAUUGUAUAUUUUA